UGGUGAAGAGCAGCUCACUUCCUGCUCCUGUUUACUUUAUUAUAAAUUAAAAUAAAGUCAUGGUUGCACUUCCAUGUCCUCUCUCUUUGUGAGCCGUGUUCUGUUAUCUGAGACAGCGUGUUUACGGCAUGUAGAGACAAGCUCAACGUGUUCAAUGCUCAUCCUUGACUCUCAAGGCCGUUUCUGCUCCAGCACGUUUAUCUGUGAGCCGACACACCCGUGGCCUCGUCUCAUUCAGCAUAUAUAAAGUGUCUGAGGGACGCUGGGGUUUACAGACACAGAGACAUCAUUCAGUGAUUCAGUGAGCCAGUGAUUCAGAAAGCGGCACAAUGCUACCUGCAACUUUUAAACUGUGCGCCGGCAUUUCCUACAGACACACGAGGAACAUGACAGGUUUGAGGAGAAAUGCCAUGAUGGCCAUCCACCAUGAACUGAGCAAACUGUCCGGCCCUGGACCAAGCAUGUGGGUCAGAAACAUCCGCCGCAGGAGCUCGUUGCUCUGUAGCAGGAUCAAGGAGGAGACUUUGAGUGAAUCGGAGCAGGGUUAUGUGCAACAGGGUCAAGAGGCGCUACAGAAGUCCAUCAGCAUCCUCAGUGAUCCAGAUGGCUGGCAAACUGAGAUUGAGACGUUGACUGGAGAUAAAGUGCUCAGUAAGGUUUUCCCAGACAUCGGCAAGGUCUUCAGGCUGGAGGUGGUUCUGAACCAGCAGCCUGACGAUCUGUAUGAGGAGCUGGUGGAGAACAUGGAGCGCAUGGGAGAGUGGAACCCCAACGUCAAACAAGUCAAGAUCCUACAGAAGAUCAACCAAGACACCAUGGUGACCCAUGAGGUUUCUGGAGAGACUCCAGGUAACGUGGUGGGUCCGAGGGAUUUUGUUAGCGUGCGCUGUACUAAGCGCAGAGGCUCAACCUGCUUUCUGGCCGGGAUGUCGACUCAACAUCCCAGCAUGCCUGAGCAAAAGGGCUUCGUCCGAGCGGAGAACGGGCCAACGUGCAUCGUGAUGAGGCCGAGCGCAGACGAUCCCAACAAGACCAAGUUCACCUGGUUACUGAGUUUAGACCUGAAGGGCUGGAUUCCCAAAACAGUGAUAAACCGAGUUCUAUCUCAGACCCAGGUAGAUUUUGCUAAUCAUCUCCGAGACAGAAUGGCUAACAACAGCAGAAUGGAGGCAACUGUGGCCUGUUGACAUCAUUACACACACACACACACACACACACACACACACACACACACGGCAAACUUUUAUUACUCGUAUUAAUCUCCAUCCACUCAUAACAUCACAGAUUCUGACAUCUCAAGUCUAUUGUAAGUGAUGGAGCAGGAUUACAUAUUGCUCUGAGAACUACACAACAUUUAAUCUAUAACACUCACAUACAGCACCAGACCCCGCUUUCCUUAGCUGCUAAAAUAAACAGGAAGUCCAACAUUACAAGAUUUAUUUAUUUCUAAAAUGUUUAGUAAUUCUUACUGUAUUUUUUAUAGAACAGCUUGGAACCAAAGGGCUUAAAUAAUUAAUAAACAAUUAGACAAGAUGAAUGCUCUGAAGCUAGCAGGCUAAUGUAGCUAACAAGCAGUGAAAUUCUGUACCUUCUGAUUCUUGAAAACUUCCUGGGUUCCAAAACAUGACCUCAUUACUCGUCUGGGGCUCCUGACAAGAUUGCAAAGCUGCUACUUCAGCUACAAAUUCUAUAGAAGUCUGUGGCCUUCAGAUUAACAUUGCACACCUAAAUUGUAUGUUUAAAAUCAUUAACAGCAACUUUAUUCUUCUUAUUAAUAAACACCCAGUACAAUGUACAUUGUUAUCUAUACAAAUGUAUAUAGAUACAAACAGAGGUAUAAACUGUCUACAUUUUGAAGCUGAAUCUCUUCUGGGAUUCUUCUGACCCAGCACUCAGAGACGACUCAGAGUUGAUUCACAGUUGAUUCUGAUUAUGGACUAAUGAGUUUGUGAUGAAGUGGAGCACAGACGGAUCUCACCAUGCUAAAUUAGAAGCCAUAAGCAGUAGUUUAACAUUAGCCUCGGAGCUUCAGUGCGGCUCCACAGGCAGAACAUGUCAGGGUUGAGCAGUUACUUCUGAAGUUAAUCUACCUUCAGGUUCCAAGCUGUUGUUAUAUUUUUAUGAAAAGCUACGUAUUUAUUUUGCCUGUAUGUGACUCUGUAACUACAUGUCUGUUAAAUAAAAGAAUUGAAUGUG